AUGACGGACGCCAUCUCCCACACGGUCGACCACGGCAACAACAAGUCCUCCAAGCAGAAGGAGGACGGACCUGAUGCCGAGAUGGUUCAGCCCCCUAACCCUUGGCCUGAGAUGAACGAUAACACCAUGCUCGGCGAGACGAGCGAUGAGAUGAACAACGACCGCCUCAAGCAGAUCGCUGCACAGGGCAGCGCUCACUUCCACCGUCUGGGCUGGAAACGCUUGGCAAUUGUCACCAUUGUCGAGGCCGUUGCCCUUGGUGCUCUCAGCUUGCCUUCCGCCUACCACACCCUCGGAAUGUUCCCCGGAGUUUUCCUUACCAUAACCAUUGGUAUGCUUUCGAUUUUCACCAGUUACAUCGUUGGCCAGGUCAAGCUGGCCCAUCCACACGUCGCCAACUACGCCGAAGCCGGAAGACUUCUCUUUGGUCGCUACGGACGCAUCGGAUACGAAAUCUUCGGAGCUGCACUUGUUCUUGAGCUUGUCAUGGUCGUCGGUUCUCACGCUUUGACUGGCAGCAUUGCGCUCGUCGAUAUCAACGGCGGUCACGUCUGCUCCAUUGUCUUCUCGGCCGUGUCAGCUAUCAUUCUCCUGAUUCUUGCUAUCCCGCCCUCGUUCACUGAGGUCGCUAUCCUCGGUUAUAUCGACUUCGUCUCCAUUCUGGCUGCCAUCGGAAUCACGGUCAUCGCCACCGGUAUCCAGGCCAACAGCGGCUCCGGCGGUCUCUCCGGCAUCGAGUGGUCUGCUUGGCCCAGGGAGGGUGUGACCUUCUCCGAGGCCUUUGUUGCCGUGAGCAACAUCAUUUUCGCCUUCAGUUUCGCCAUCGGUCAAUUCUCUUUCAUGGAUGAGAUGCAUACGCCCACCGACUAUAUGAAGUCCAUCUGGGCCUCUGGCUUCAUCCAGAUCGCCAUUUACACCCUUACUGGCGCUCUUUGUUACGCCUUUAUUGGUCCCUCGGUUCAAUCUCCUGCUCUUCUCUCUGCCGGACCCCUUAUCUCGAAGAUCGCCUUCGGAGUCGCUAUCCCGGUCAUUUUCAUCUCCGGUUCAAUCAACUCGACUGUUGCCCUGCGAUACAUUCACGGCCGCAUGUACAAGAACUCUCACCUGAAGUACAUCAACACCCCCAUGGGUUGGGCCAGCUGGAUCAUCCUUGUUGUCGUGUUCACCAUUAUUGCGUGGGUGAUUGCUGAGGCUAUUCCCAUCUUCUCCGACCUGCUCUCGCUGGCUUCGGCGCUGUUUGUUUCCGGAUUCUCCUUUUACGUUCCUGCCAUCAUGUGGUUCACCCUUCUCUGCAAGGGCAAGUGGUUCGCACGCGAGAACAUUCUCAUCAGCCUUGGCAGCAUCUUGGCGUUCAUCGUCGGAGCUGUCACAUUGGUUGCCGGCACCUACUCAACCAUCGUUGAUAUUAUUGACGAGACAAGCUCCGGAAGUGCUCACAAGCCCUUUGCUUGCCGUUCGUCUUAG